AGGGUGAUCGAAUUCGGCAAAGGGGGGAGGCAGGGAGGGUGGAAAAGCCAAGGGAGGCCGUGAUAUGUUUCCUUCGUCAGCGGCGAUGCUGAAGAAUCUGCAACAAAGUGCAAUGACCUCGCCCUUUUUAAUGGAGAACUUGCUCCAGAGCAAGGCGGCGCCCGGCGCCGAUCUCACCAGCCUGACCUUGAACUGGGCGGCCAGCCUGGUAGCGAGACAACGGGAGCGCGAAUGCGAGGCGAACUCGAGGCAUUCGAGGGAGAAAUUGUCUCCCUCGAGCGCGAGCCAGGGAGAUCAGCUGGAUCAACGAUCCACCUCGGGCGCACGUGGCACGGACAGAGGGAACCCGAUGAUCGAGUGCGGCGUGAGGGAGCAGCAUCAGCAGAGAGGAUCGUCGGGGAGGAUGGUCGAUCGGCAAAACGAUCGGAUGCACGUCAUCCGGGAGAAGGAGGGGAUGGAGAGGGGCCAGAUCGCGUACGUGGACGUGGACAACGAGAGAAUCGACGGCCACGUAAUCGUGGAUCGGCUGUGCGCGAUGGAGAGGCUCUGCAACGAGAGAAUCGAGAACCGAUCGAGCUCCGCCGUUGACUCGUGCAACUCGAACGUGGACGAGGAUCAGAUCGGUAUCGAGAUGGACGGUGGCCUCCAAGCCGAGAGGGAAAAGGACGAUGGCGGGAUCCUAGGUGGCGAACGCGUGACGGCGUUGCAGGCGGACAGGCGGUACGACCUUGGAUGCAGAAACGUCAUGCACACGUCCGACGAGAUGACGAUUCAAGGGGAGAGAGAGGUGGCGGUCGAGCGUGUGGUCGACAGGAUAGGCGAGAGAACGACCACCGCCUGUUCCUGCGGGGACGAGCAGUGCUUAGGACCCGCAUGCAGGACCAUCCAGGAGAAGGAGAAGCCGCAGCUCAAGUUCAGCGUCAACGCUAUACUCGGCGGCAAUCAUGACAGGCGACCGCAUUCGGAGAAUUUUCAAGGACUCCCACCGGAAGCGAUACCAGCGUUCCUGCAGAAUUUGCAAAAUUCUGCGAGUUACAAUAUCGCGAAGCCAAUCGCCAGACCCGCGGCUUAUCAUCCUUAUCACAGGCCGAGUCAUCAACCCCCCCAACGUCAUCUACCGCCCAAUGCUCAUCACACGUUGCAACAAUUAUUCUACAGAGGACCAUACCUGACAGUUGCCGGUUCCGGAACUGGAGGUCAUCAUCCGGGUGCCCCAGGUGGCGGGACAGCGUUCCCAGGUGCGAUCCAAGGUGGUCUGGGCGAUUUUGCCAGCACUGGCCUGGUAUUUCCAUGGGCGACGAACGCCCGUGGAAAACCACGUCGAGGAAUGAUGAGAAGGGCGGUUUUCUCGGAUCUUCAGAGGCGCGGCCUUGAGAAGAGGUUUCAAAUACAAAAAUACAUCAGCAAGCCGGAUCGUAAGAAGCUGGCUGAGAAACUCGGUCUUAAGGAUUCCCAGGUAAAGAUCUGGUUCCAAAAUCGGCGAAUGAAGUGGAGGAACAGCAAAGAGAGGGAGUUGCUAGCAACCGGAGGUUCACGAGAGCAGACAUUACCAAACAAGAACAAUCCUAAUCCUGACUUAAGCGACGCCGAUGGAGAUAGGCCUCGAUUGGAUUUAAGCGACGUGAGUCCUUUGACGAGUCCACAGCGGCCGGAAGAACAAACAGAGAACGAGGAGGACGAGGAGAUCAAUGUCACGUGAUGAAAUUCCAACGAAUAUCCUGAUGCGAAUGUGUUCGUUUGAUGGGACAUGAUCCGAGCAAUUCAGGAUUAUUAUAUGAGGAGGACAAUUUGCAUCGAUUCGGUGAAAUUCGAACUCGAGUUUCAUAUCCGGCUAAAUCGUAAUCGAAAUAUGUCUUUUUGAUGAAAAAUAAUAAUGAUUCUCAUUAUUAGACUUGGACGGAAUAUUCCAAAUGAUUUAUAAUCGAGAUCAUAAAAUUUACGAUAUCCGAUUGUUUUACAUUGUUGAUAAAACGAUUCGUAUAUUCGUACAAUUUUAAAAUUGAUGUAUUUUUC